AUGCUCAAGUGCGAUGUCUGUCAGGUUCCCAUUUCAUCAGAAACUGCAAUGGAGAGCCACAUUAAGGGCAAGAGGCACCUGAAGUUAGUGAAACAAGCAGAGGUGGAGAGGAACAGGCAGACUCACAGUGCUCACAUCAGCUGGCAGGGCAGCUCGACCAACAUCGAAAUCGAUAAACUCCGAACUUUUGUUCAGGGGUUUGGCUCUUUGAAAAGUCUUUUCGUGAACAAUGUCAAGAAAUUUGGCAUAGUGGAGUUUGAUGACUCGAGUGCGUGUUGUGCCUUUUUAUCCAAUGACAUCUACAAGGUCGAAGGUGACGUCAAGGUCACCGUCCGGCCGAGAACUUUGAGUUCUGGAGUUGAAGAACGUGGUGGCAAGUUGAAUGGUAUUAGUAAAAGUUCUCAACAAACUUCUCAGAUUAAAAACCAACAACAACCACAACUGCAACAACAAAGUCAGCAGCAGCAACAACAACAGCAGCAGCAGCAACAACAACAAAGACAACGUCGUAAUGUCCAACAGGACUCUCAAUUCAAUGAAAGGUUUACUAAACUGCAGCAUAAGUUACAACAACAUCAACGAAAGACAAAAAACAAACAACAACAACAUAUGCGUCAUCAGAGUGACAACAACACAGCUACCUCUCCUCCAUCGCAGGUAUCUGAAGUGACAGUGCCGGAUCAGAUGCUAACACUAGUGGCGUUGUUGCAGUUGACAGAGCAAGAUCUAAUCCAGAGGUCGAAGGUCAAGGAGAGGUUGAAGGUCAUACUGAGGCCGUUCUCUAAUGCAGACAAUUCUGACCCAGUUUCCAUAUUCGGCUCAUCAGCCAAUGGCAUGGGGGUGAAAGGAUGUGACCUUGACCUAUUCAUGGAUAUUGACCUAAAUCGAAAUUCCGACCUGACCUACAUAAAGCCAAUAAUGCGGCGAAUAAGGAACCAGUUAAGUAGGUCAUGUGGUGAGUUCACUGAAGUUCUGCCCAUCCAUAGCAAGAGGUGCCCACUCAUAAAGUUCACCUCGAAGUGGAUUGGCUCCAGUUUGAAAUGUGACUUGUUAGCCAUGCAGAACACACGGAUCCUCAAGCAUCUAGGUCAAGUGGUGACCUCAUUUCGACCUCUCUGCUUCGUGAUUCGCCAGUGGGCGAAGGUCAAUGACAUCGCUGGUAACGUCAAUGGCGGUCCCAAUUUGACCCACUACGCUCUUUACAUGCUCGUCUGGUUCUACCUCAGGGUCAGGUUGGGGUUGAGGUCAUUUGAGGAGAUGUCGAACAUUAGCGCUACGAAGCAGUCAGUUGACGGAUGGGAUUGCUCCUUCUCGUUCGAUCCAUCACACUUGCUGUCCACAGCAGCAGGUAACAACAUCAUCAGCCCUCCAACCAAAUCUGUUCAGGAAGCUUUAGUGGUCGCCGGCGUAGCUUCAAUUUGUGGUGACGGCGAUGAUGCCACCGCAGCUGUUACUGCUGUUAGCGACGCUGAAGAUAAAGAUGACGUCAAAUGUGAUAAUGAAGAAGAUGACGAUGAAGAAGAAGAAGAUGAUGAUCAAAUCUGUGGAAAUGAUGAUGAUGAUGAUUCUAACUGCAAAUACGACGACGACGAUGAGAAUGAUGACGACGACGACGACGAUGAGAAUGAUGAUGACGAAAAUGGUAAUGCUAUCGAGAAUGAUGAUGAGGAUGAUGAUGAUGAGGACGAUAACGAAGACGCAAGAAUCAUAUCCAUGUCUUAUGAUUAUGAUGACGGAAGCAAUGGUGUUGGUGUUAGAAACCGGGAUGAUGAUGAUGAUGAUAGCGGCGAUGAUGAUGACGACUGUGACGACGAUGAUGAUGAAGAUGGUGGAGAUUCUGAUGACGAUGAUGAGGUGGAUGGUUUCAACUCGUCGUCGUCUGCAUUACCUCAUUUAUCAUCACCAAAGGCCAACCCCUUCGUUCUCAGCAGAAUCACCAGGGCCCUCAGAAGGGCAUCCACCUCGUGCAAAUCGCAACAGUGGCUACCUCCUUGUCGUAGUGGGGGCGGCGUUAACAACCACGAUAAUGCUGCCGUUGUGGCUGUUGGUGAUGAUGUAGGGAAAAAUAUUUUGAAUAACUCUCUGGCUACUAACCCGAAUACAUCACUAUCAUCUUCUGCCAACAGAGGGUCUCAGACGUUAGAUUCAAGUGACUCCCAACGGAUACUUGCCUUGAGCGAAGGGCCUUCUGUACCCCUAAUAGAUAGGGCAACUGAAAGUGAUUGCCGGCAGCAUCAUACUGCUGCUGUUGGGCCAAGCAACCGCACUGAUAAAACAUCUGCUGCUGACGGAAAGGAUCUUUGGGGCAUAGCGCUGCUGUUUGAGAAGUUGAAAGAAGUCGAGAAGUCGUCAGGAGCUGCGGUCGCAAAGGCAAAGGUGAGGAAGAGAUGUAAGAUCAAGCCGCGAGCGUUUGUGGCGAGAUUACAUCUGAGUCCUGCCGAUGCCAACGACAAGAAAGAUGAAGCCAAGAUAAUGAAUGAUGACGCUACUCCGCCCACGAUGCAGACGUCACCAGCUACCUCAACCAAUCAGAACAUGUUAGCGGUUCUUUCGGCCAAUAAGAACAUACCGCCAGUUCUUCCAGCCAAUCAGAACGCGAGAAAAACUGUGUGGGCUGAGAAAUUAUUGAACAACAUUAUCAGGGUACUCACGGAGGUUUUUCUGGUUGAAAUUCACAGACUGGAGGGCACGAAGGGCUUGUUUCACCCCAGGAAUGUGAGAUUCAGUAGGAGGUUUUCUGGGGUGUCCAUCUGCCUGGAUGAGAGUUAUAGUGAGAAGAUUGAAAAAGUUUCCGGUGACGUCACGAUGGAGGAGGAGGAUGACGUCAGCAUUAACUCUGGUAUCUUGAGUAGCAAACAGAAAAAUAAUUCGAACAUCCACAUCGGCACACGCCACCUUCCAUCGUCAUCUUCAUCAUUCUUACCACCAAAAACAACCAUCACCACCACCAUAGCCACCACCACCAUCGCCACUACCACCACAUCACGAGCUCAAUCAAAAAGGAUCGUAUCGGAAAAAUCGUCGUCGUCGUCGUCAUCAUCUUUUGAGAUUCCACUGAAGGUUAGAAUGACGAAAGUGGCCGACUGUGCUGGUGGGUGUUCUGAUGCAGUUUUACCUUCUGGCGUUGGCGAUACUGCUGGCAAGCAUAAUACCAAUAAUAACAACAACAAUAAUAAUAAUAAUAUCAAUAAUAAUAAUAACAUCAGUGGCAAAAACGAGAACAGGAAAGGAGAUGACAUCAUCGCUGACGUCACCCUGAUUAAGAAGGUUAACGUCAACAGUGACAGGCGAAGAAAGAAACAAGAUGAGCCACAGCAGCAGCAGCAGCAACAACAACAAAGGUACCAGCAACAACAACACCAACAAAGGUACCAGCAUUAUCAGCAGCAGCAACAAAACGAGCGUCGGAUCCUUAGCAUGUACUGCAACAAUCCAGACGACAUACACUGCUACCUCUUGUGUCGAACGACCUACUUGACGUGGACCCAGAGGUUCAAGUACAGGGACAGCAACACCCAACAAUCUCCCUCUACUCACGACACACACAUCCCUGUGGACCCCCUAGAGAAAGAAAUCAAAACGACCAGACGUAUGAUGAGUUGUAUAAUUAAUCCGGAAAUGAUUACUGAUGAUGGUCGGAGUGAAUCCGUUAAACUUACGAACACUUACUGCAAAACCGGACCUAACGAUUCAGUCGGCAGCUAUCUCACUGAAGUAUCUGAAAAUGUAUCAAAAACUAAGAGUCAUAAUUCUGAAAGUGUCGUCACUACUGUGGCGACUGAUGUUGCUGCUGCUACUACUGCUGCUGCUACCACUACUGCAACUAAUACGACAGCUACUGCUACUACUUCUACAGCUACCGAUAAAAAAUCAGAAGAAGCCGCCACCAGCAGCACCACAAACAACGACAAGAAGACGCCAAGAAGAUGCGACAUCAAGUUCCAGACGGAGAUAACUUUCAAAAUGGCGGGAAGACAGAGAAAGAAGGUCAAGGACGAGAACGUUUACCAGUGCGAUGUGGUGAUGCUGGCGCACGAUGACCGGAUGGAGAAUGCCAUGGUGAUGGAGUUUCACAACAUGGCGUCUGCCGCCUUCAAUUUAUUCAGCAAGUGCCUGAGGGAAUGA